CUGUUUCCUUUAUCCUCUUCUUCCUCUUGGGCUUUGCGUUCGUGUCCAAACCCUGUUUUAAGCACCAAGCAAAUGAACCAGAGCAUAUUCCUAUGUGAUUUUGAAAAUGGCAUCUCCGUUAUAAUAAGAUAAACGAAGGUCUCUUUUCUCCACCACUAGUUCCCAUCCACUGUAGCCAAUCCUUGUCUGAUGAUCUAGUUUGCUGUUUCUUCCAACUCUCGUAGAGCCUCUCGUUCCUUCGUUAGAGUUCUUCCCUGAAAUGCUGACUGAAACUCAGCUCAAGCUUAGAAGUGUUCUCUCAUGGACUUUCUAACACUUCAACCCACUUUUAACUCUUUCUUUUUUAAUCCCACCACUAAACCUUUCUAUCCUAAACACUUGUCAUUCUUCAAGUUGACUCAUCUUUCCAAAUUUAGAACUUCUCCUAUUUGUUUGUCCUGUACAAGUCCUUCAAAUCGGCUAAAUCCCAAAUCAGACUGUAAUAAUAACGUGUCUUCUUUUAACCCUUUAUGGGUUUUUGUCCCAAUCUUGCAACGCGUCAAGGGGGUAGCUUCUUCUCAAACUAGGAAAUGGGUUUCUCGCCUACAAGCUUAUAGUGAGGAAUCGGAGAAAGCAAUGAACGGCUACAGUGGCAAUUACUUGCAAAACGGAGCUUUUGGAGUGGCUUUAUUGAGCGUUACAUCGAACGCUAAGGUCCGAUUUAGUCCCUUUGUGGCGACAUUGGCAGCAAACCCAACUUUUAUAUCGGGGUUGCUUGCGUGGUUUUUGGCCCAAUCGAUAAAGGUAAUAUUGAAUUUCUUUGUGGAGAGGAAAUGGGAUUUAAGAAUACUAUUUGCAUCCGGAGGGAUGCCAUCUUCACACUCUGCCUUGUGCACUGCUUUGACAACAUCAGUGGCGCUAUGUCAUGGGGUGGCUGAUUCUUUAUUUCCAGUUUGUUUGGGGUUUAGCCUUAUAGUUAUGUACGAUGCAAUCGGUGUUAGACGUCAUGCUGGAAUGCAAGCCGAGGUUCUUAAUAUGAUUGUUGAGGACCUGUUUCAAGGGCAUCCUAUCAGUGAGAGGAAGCUCAAAGAACUUCUGGGACAUACCCCAUCACAAGUCUUUGCUGGAGCUGUGCUUGGAAUUUUGGUUGCUUGUUAUUGUUGUCAGGGUUACUUAGUUGUAACCUAAGUCUUCUUCUGUGGGCAAUUUUGGUUCAGAUUUGCGUCCAUGGCAGUGAUUUUUCUGCCGUAGAUAAUCCCUGUUUGGCCUUCAGAGUUGAUGUAUUUUACUUUAUCCAAUAACUGGAGGAAAUCAAGAUUUUGAGAAACAGAAAUGGAAGCGUCUCUUCUGUCUGCAUUUUCUA